GUCACUAUACUUCCAAUGAUCCAAUUUUGAUGGUCGUGAACCCAUUCGAAAGAACCCUAAGCCCCAUGAACCCAUCCGGGAAAGGGCUUUACUUUCCUCUUCCAGAUUCUCACAAUCCCUAAAUUUCAAAUCAAAGCUCAUUCGCCAGCUUCGGGCUUCAAAUUUCUACUUGAUUCAACUUGCUUUGCCAUGAAAAGGGCAAUUCCAUGGAGUGAUGAAGAGGACAAUUCCUCAUCUUUAUCACAGUCAGAUUCAGACGCUGAUGAAGAUAAUGGUGAGACAAAAGCAAGCUUUCGAGUUAAAGCUGGCCGUUCCUCUAAAGAAAAAGACGUGGAAGUCAAAUCUGGAGGAAAGCGGAAGAGCGUUGCUGUGGACUUUGAUACAUUGAAACGCCACGGCUACAAAGGUGGUCCAUCAGUCUUGAAAGUACCACCUCCAAAAGAGAAUGAGAAGCAAGAUUGGUCAUGGUCUACUGGCAGGGAGACUCGGGAAAACAGAGAAACCGAAGAAUCGUAUGAAGAGAGACAGAAAACAAGAGCUGCAUUAGAAAAUGGAGAGCAGCUGCUGACCGCACAAACUCGGAAGGAGAAGGAGAAGGAGAAGGAGAAGGAGAAGAAGAAUGUUUCCUUCUCCCAGAAAGAAAAGAGGAAAAGAGAGCUUGGUCAAGCAAGCAGGGGAAAAAACUAUGUCGAAGAAGAAAAGAGAAUGUUGAGGGAGAGUGGCAUCUACUCUGGUUUUGAUACUUGAUCUUCCGUUGCAACUAAAUUGUUAACAAUGCAUUGCAUGUCAAAGCUCUAUGCUACAAGGUUAUAUUUACAAUGGACUAUAUUAUGAAAAAAAAGCAGCUGACAGGAACCGAAGUCAUUCACUGUAAAAUAUCAACAAAAGCUAUUCGUUUCGGGUUUGGUUCCCAUAUGUAAAGGCAACAAUCAUUUUCACAGAUUUAAGGUACAUAUGAACAUGGGGUGUAGCUGAUUUUGUACCAUUUUUACUGGUAGUUCAGUUGUAUCAAGUAUGAUGUUUUUCAUGGUAAUAGAUAAAACAGCUUCAUUAACCCAA